AUUGUUCAGUACUCGGCGGAAGCCUGGAGCCGCUCCAUCUGUUUGAAGGGUCCGAUAUCUCCCUGAGUCAACGUUUUCUGGCUUAAAGUUGAACCUCAUCCUACCGGCCCAGAGCAACCAGGAGAAUCACAGGAGCACUUCUCAUAUUCCAUAAUGUCCCAAGAAAUUUUUGUUGAAAAUAUGAAACUUCCAAUUGGAUCGCGUGUAAACAUACUGGGAAGAAUACAACCUAAUGCCAAGCUAUUUCGAAUUAACCUGGGCAAGGAUGAACUUGACAUCGGCCUACACUUCAAUCCACGCUUCAAGCCCCACUACCCAGACAAUGUCAUUGUCUGCAAUAAUGCCAAGCGAGGUAUAUGGUGCCAAGAAGUAAGGGAGAAGAAUUCCUACUUUGCGCCAGGGGAUACAGUAUCGAUUUCCAUCUUCUUUGAUGGGAAGGAGUUUUUGAUAAAUAUGCCUAAUAACCAUCAGAUGACUUUCCCCAAUCGCCUUGACUUAGAAGAGAUUGACUUCAUGGCAAUUUAUGGUGAUCUCGAUCUUAAAAAAGUGGAUUUCGAAUGAGCCCUUCAAUCAAGCCAGAUUCAGACCACUCCUGAUUCUUGAAGCUCUCUUAUUCCUAAUAAAAUUGCUGAUCAUAAUAA